AUCGUGUACAAGCACUCUGUUCUUUGGGCGAAAGCAAAACCGGGAGCACCGAGCGCGGGGCGGAUGAGGCAAAGCUUGCGAAAUCGCUACCCGACGAAUUUUCCAUUCCAUAUCCAUUGAUGAAGAUUCCAUCCUGUUUCUCAUUUUCUAUAAACAAUUUACUAAAUUAGUAUUAUUCUUCGCCACGUUCCAAUCCAGUUUUCAGUAGAAAACAAAGCGCGAUGCAAAGCUUUCGAUUCUUACGAAUUCCUUCGUUUUCACCUCCCAAUGCUUUGUUCUUCGUCUCUCAACCUCCUCAUCUUCUUCCUGUGAAAUCCAUUUCCAGAAUUUCCACCAAGAAUUUCAGUUCCCAAAUGGAGUCAUCGCUAUCGUCUUCCUCAUCUAAGCUCUUGUUCCGUCAAUUGUUCGAGAAGGAAUCUUCUACUUACACUUAUCUUCUUGCUGAUGUUUCUCACCCUGAUAAACCAGCGCUUUUGAUUGAUCCGGUUGACAAGACUGUUGAUAGGGAUCUAAACCUUGUACGAGAACUUGGAUUGAAGCUUGUUUACGCUAUGAAUACUCAUGUUCAUGCUGAUCAUGUCACUGGGACUGGACUCAUCAAGAGUAAAUUUCCAGGAGCGAAAUCUGUAAUCUCGAGAGCAAGCGGUUCAAAAGCCGAUGUGUUGAUUGAACCUGGCGAUAGAAUUCCUUUUGGUGAUCUAUUCCUGGAGGUUCGUGCAACUCCUGGGCACACAUCAGGAUGUGUCACCUAUGUAACCGGGGAUGAACCUGAUCAGCCUCAUCCUAGGAUGGCAUUCACUGGGGAUGCUCUGUUGAUUCGUGGAUGUGGGAGGACAGAUUUUCAGGGUGGAAGUUCAAAGCAGCUCUAUGAAUCUGUACACUCGCAGAUUUUCACUCUGCCAAAGGACACAUUGAUCUAUCCAGCUCACGAUUACAAGGGAUUUAAUGUUAGUACGGUAGGUGAAGAGAUAGUAUACAAUCCCCGGCUCACCAAGAAUCUGGAAGAAUUCAAGAAAAUCAUGGAAAAUUUGAACCUGCCUUAUCCAAAGAUGAUGGACAUAGCAGUUCCAGCAAACCUGGUUUGUGGCUUGCAAGAUCCAACUUCUUGACUCUGUCUAUUCUGUGAUUCUUUGUGUAUAAUUGGCCUUUCUUACUAUUAAAAACAUUCAAAAAGAAGAAACAUCUGCAAAAACCAUAGGCCAAAAGGAGUGAAUUCGACGAACAAAAAUAAAAAUACAUGAACUAAUGACAUUAUCUACUGCUUGUUUCUCUUUUCAA